AUGCGCAAUUUCGGGUUAAAUAAUUGCCGCAAAUAUUUGGUAAAUUGUUUUAAUUUUAUCGGCUUUUUAUGCUUUAUCGGUUCGUUAACGGUAUGGUGCGGUGCUAAGCGGUUUACAACGCAUUGGUUGCUAAGGUUUAUACGUUUCGGCGUAUUAAUAAAAACGGGCUUAACAAAUUCGGGGUGCUUACCGGUGCUGGAUCCGUACGCGCUAAAACAUGUAAAGCAGCAAUUCGUUUCCAAGCUUGCUGCUGGAUAUUGCUGGCGUUGGGUUAUUUAUUUAGGGCGGUUCGUUUUUUUAAUAUUUGCGUUUUUAAUUAAUCGUUUUUUUUACCAUUUUAAAAUCGUUAAAUUUAUUUGUUUUAAUUGCUAA